AUGGACGACUCCGCCGCACAAGGUGGCUCUGUGGCCACCUCGGUCAUUGAGAAGCUCGCCUUCUCGUUGCUAGCUGAGACGUUCCUCUUCGCGCUUUACACAAUCCUAAUAGCAUAUCUCGUAUGCCGACCGUGUACAACUCGCAAAGCUGCAUCCCUCCCAUCGUUCAUGCUUCCAUUCACGCUUUCAAUGUUUGUCCUGUAUCUGCUCUACUGGACUCUCGACGUCUAUCUUCUAUGGGCGGAGUUCGAUUCAUUCCUUUCACCUCCCCCUAAAAACGUCGAAGGACCAAACAUACAAAACGUACACUGGAAAGGAGCGUCCUCGAUCAACAAGGAUGGGCUCGCACCAAAGUACUACGCGACCGUAUACGUUCAAUACAUCGCGCAACUGACUCUGAUUGUACUGGGCGAUUUCGUGUCGCUAUGGAGAGCGUUCGUGAUCUUCGGAAAGCAAAAAUGGUUGUAUAUGCUUCUUAUAGGCAUUGCCGGGGCUGAGAGUGUCACCUAUGUCCUGAUCUUUACAAGCUCUUCGACGGAGUACAUAUCCUCUCCCGUUUCGGGUCUUGUCAAUGCGCUGGCUGAAGCGAGAACUCCUCUUACUUUUAUCGGGUACUCUGUAAGUGGCCUGGCUCAAGCGGCAUCUACAUCGUUGAUCGCAUACAAAGCUUGGGUGCACUGGAGAGACGUUCGAGAGUUUAUGGACCGAUCCACCAAGCGUCGAAGUCUCACUGCGCUAGCAGUCAUCAUUGAAUCGGGUAUCGUCUACCUGGGUUUAUUGAUAUGGUAUGGCGCGAUCAAUUACUGGGGGGCGCCCGAUUCAUUAGCGGUCUACACAUGCAGAUUCUACAUUGUUCCUCUUAUCGCCAUGUACCCCACGUUAGUGGUCGUUAUCGUGGCGUCUCGGCGCUCCGUGUUAGAGCGCAGUAUCGUUCCCAAGGCGCAAGUCAUGGAGACUGCACCUCCCGUAGAGGUCAACCUACCAGAUAGUCGCGAGCGCACCUAUCGCGCUCGCUCCACUGUACGGUUGACUUUCAUAUCUCUCGAUAAGGAACCUGUGGAAGGAGAUGGGAUCUGUGAUCAGGGUGACAAGGAAGAUAUGAGGUCAUGA